CCUAUUUUGCUCUAUGUUUUCCAAUUACUGUUCUGUGCUUGCAGCUGAUUUUUGACGUUUUUGUUUUUUGCGAGUUCGCAUUCCAUCCCCACCAUUUUCAAUUCGAAAUUGCAGAACCAAACACGUGUUUUGCAGUAUUUAAAUAUCAUCAAAUAUGGAUCUUAAGAAAACUCAGAAAUUAAACAUCAAUGAUUUCAUGAAAGCAGCUCCUGCGGACCCAAUGGCUUGCAGAUUGAAGUCACUACGUCUUCCAAGAGAUUUGAGCCUGGGGGGCAAUAGGCCUUCCAAAAACAUUUACAAGCCCAAUCUCAACGUGAAGAGAAAUAAGCAGAACGUGAACGAGACGACUCAGAGAAGACACGAGACUCAAAGAAACAGUGUUAUUUUCAGCAAGAGGAAUGAGAGGAACAACUAUGACAAGAAUAAGAACAGAUUUGUACAGGCUGAUAGUGUUUUCUCAGGUGGGAUUGGCACUGAAAACAAAAUCCCAUCUUCCAGCAGUAGAUUUCCUUCAAGUAGGGGUGAGGGUAGAGAAUAUGUUAAGAAGGAAACUACAACAGUGGAGAAUAUAGGAACCAAUUCCAGUAGAGUUAUGGAUGAGAUUCUUCAGUUCAGUAGUGAUGAUGAGGCAGAUAAAUACCAACCAUUCAUACCUAAGGAGUACAGAAAGACUAACACCAGUGAGGAGAAAUUAGAUAGACCAACUUUGGAAGACCUACUUGGAAGGCUGCUCCCUCAAAAGCAAGAUGGUGAUACAGACAACCCCUCUUUUACAGUCUGGCAAAUGCCAGAGUCGUUAGCCUUUAAAGACAUGCAAAUCAAUCCUAAUAUGGAUUGUAGGCUGAAUAGUUUACCAGAAGGAAAAAUAGGCACAGUAAGGGUCAGGAAAUCAGGAAAGAUGGAUGUAGUGUUAGGUGGUGUAAAAUAUACUUUGAACAGUAUGGAUUUCAAAACUAUUACUGAACAGUUAGUGUCUGUGAAUCCAGAUGAAAAAAACUGUUGUAUUUUAGGUAAUGUAGAAAGUAAAUUCAUGCUAUGUCCUUCAUGGCAAUCGUUGUUAUGCUGAUAUGUGAUUUAUUGUAUCAAUUCUCUGUUAACAGAUUUAUAACAAUUUAUUUAUAAUAAAUAAAGUCCAAGAGAUUAA